AUGGGAGAUUUAAAUCAUUCCACAGUGACUGAGUUUAUCCUUGCUGGGUUAACAGAGAAACCAGAGCUCCAGCUGCUUCUCUUCCUCUUCUUUCUAGGAAUUUAUGUGGUCACAGUGGUAGGGAACCUGGGCAUGAUCACACUGAUCUGGCUCAGUUCUCCCCUGCAUACCCCAAUGUACUAUCUCCUCAGCAGUCUGUCCUUUAUUGACCUCUGCAAUUCCACUGUCAUCACCCCCAAAAUGUUGAUGAACUUUGUGACAGAGAAGAAUAUCAUCUCCUUCCCUGAAUGUAUGACUCAGUUCUACUUAUUCUGUGUAUUUACAAUUUCAGAGUGUCACAUGUUGGCUGCAAUGGCGUAUGACCGCUAUGUUGCCAUCUGUAACCCCUUGCUUUACCAUGUCAUCAUGUCUCCUCAAGUCUGCAGCUGGAUGGUAGCUGGGGUGUACGGUGUGGGUUUCGUUGGUGCCACAGCUCACACAGUCUGCUUGCUGAGGGUGCUUUUCUGUAAGGCAAACUUAAUAAAUCAUUACUUCUGUGACCUUUUCCCACUACUGGAGCUCUCCUGCUCGAAUACUUUCAUCAAUGAAGUAGUAGGUAUGAGUUUCAGUGUGUUUAACGUCUUCAUACCUACCCUGGCCAUCUUUACCUCCUACAUCCUCAUCAUAGCCAGCAUCCUCCGCAUUCGGUCCACCUCAGGCAGAUCCAAAGCCUUCAGCACUUGCAGCUCCCACCUCUCAGCUGUUGCUGUCUUCUUUGUUUCUCUAGCAUUCAUGUACCUACAGCCCUCAUCAGUCAGCUCCAUGGACCAAGGGAAAGUGUCCUCUGUGUUUUACACCAUUUUUGUCCCCAUGCUGAACCCUCUGAUCUACAGCCUGAGGAAUAAGGAUGUAAAAAUUGCCCUAAUUAAGAUCCUUGAGAAAAACUUUCUUACAAGGUCACAUAUCAUUAAAAGUUUCUGUAAUUGA